AUGGCUCCAAAACGUAAAAAUAUUUCCGAAACAAGUUCUUCGAAAACAACAACACAACAACGUCGAUGUAGUCAGCGAGCUAUUGGUUUGACGUCAAAUAAUGGUACAAAUAAGUCUGUUGUGUUAACACAACAAAAAAAACAAUCUCGAUCGAAACGACGACAAAAUAAAAAAUACCACAAUAGUGAAAAGCAAUUUGACGUAAUUGAAGAAGAUACAUCAACAGAAAAUUCAAAAUCAAUGAACAUCGAUUCUAACGAUGUUGAUUCAGGUGAUCAAGACUCAUCAGGUUCUAAUUCUUGUUCGAAUACAAGUAAUGCUGAUGGACAAGUUAAGGAGCCAUCAAGUAUUCAACUUGAUAUUGGUGAUGAUGACGAUGAUACACAUGAAUUUCAAGCUAUGUUUAUGUCUAAUGCAACAUUAUCUAAAAGUCAUCCAAAUUCUAGUUCAACACCAUUAGUUCGAUCUCGACAAGAUAAACCAUCUGCAGUACGUGCAACUACCGAGUCUACCUCAUCACAUCAAACAAAAAAACCAACACAUCGUCGUCCAUUAUCAACAACCAAUAUUGAUCAUCAACCAACAACGACAAAUUUAAAUGUACAAAAUCUUAAUACACCUACGAAUCUACGUAUUAGUACAAAUUCAUCACCAGCAACUCAAGUAUCAAUUAGAAAUCAAUCUUUAUCUAGCAUCAAUUACACAACCAAUAAUAAUGCUAUAUUAGAAACAUUUGUAGAAUAUCGAAAUUUACGACGUGAUUUACAACGUGCAGAGCAAAAAAUUGAAAAUUGGAAAGCUGAUUAUGAUGCAUUGCAACAUCAAUUACAAAAACUUCAAAAUAAUUCAUUUCGUAUGUAUUUUCUUUAUCACACUAUCUCUUUUGUUACAUUGCUUCUUUUAGCUCGUCCAAAUGUUGAUGGUCGGGCGUUUUUGGAACAGUUGCUUGAAUCAUUGAAUUCAUGUGAACAAGAUAAAGAUAAUCGUACAUCAGCAGAAAUAGCUAAAGCUAUUAGAAUACCAGAAAUAGUUCUACUGUCGUGUUCUGCUGUUGAUCCACAAAAAACAGCUUUGCACGUGUUUAAUGCUCUUUUUCCCGGUAAUGAUAAGAAGGAAGCAUUAAUCAAUGUUGACAAUUUGAACGUGAAUUAUCCAAAUUUACUAAAAGAUAUAGUGGUGUGGUCAAGAAGAUGUACACCUGGUUGUGUUUAUUCCAUGUCUCAGUUGAGAGAUGCUAUUGGAAAUUCAAUCAGAUGUGCUCGAUACAAGGUAAAGAUGGGCAGAGUUCAAUUUGCUGUAGCAGCAGCUGUCAACCAGUUCGGACCAGCUCAUGUGGAUGAUGAUAUGGAAAUAAUACCGCAAGAGGAUGAUGGCUUUUAA